GGCAUGGUCCCGCCUCUCAGUCCGGAACACUUCCUGUCCAUUGUUCUCGGCUAUGGCUUUCGCUGUCCUUGGUGUGCCUUAACCUCUGAGUUCCAGAAAGAGGCCCCCAAGCAUCCCUACUGUGAGCCACCGGGAGGAGGAGACCCAGCCCAAGCACCAGCCUGAUCUUUAGAUGAAAAUGAACCGAACAACUAUGGCUGAUAAGGAAUUGAUACCCCAAAUAAGAGUCAAUAACUUUUGAGGACAUGGCAGCCUACUUAUCACGAGAGGAAUGUGGACAACUGAACCCCACUCAGAGGGAUUCCUACCAAGACAUUUUACAGAAGAACUAUGCAUAUGAGUAUUCUAUCAGGCAGCUUUGUACAAUGGAAAGAAAUGCCUGGAAUCAGAGCAGGAUUAGGCCUUCAGCAAAGAAUCAGCACAGAGGGCAGCUUGAAGCAAGAGGCUCUGGAAAUGAAGGAGUCUUCCAGUGGGUUGUCAGCAGAAUCUGACACAAGCAGGGCCCAGCAACUGUGUCAUGACUGGGGUAGAGCUGAUGGCGGGACUAAGGAGCCUAAAAUGGAAGAACAAUCAAGGACCCCAUCAGUGGAAGGAAAAAUGGGUAAAUCCAACACUCCAACAAGGAGCCAAGGAAAAUUAAUUGGUCAUGAGAGACCUGACACAGAGGAAAAGCCAUUUAAGUGCCUGGACUGUGGGAAAUGCUUUGGCCGAAGCACUCAUCUUAGUCUUCAUCGGAGGACUCAUACUGGUGAAAAGCCCUAUAAAUGUGGGGAUUGUGGUCGGUGCUUUAGUGAUGGUUCUGCCCUCAUCCGCCAUCAGCGGAUCCACACAGGUGAAAGACCCUACAAGUGUAAGGAGUGUGGAAAAUGCUUUGGUCGCAGCUCACAUCUGGAGCUGCAUCAGCGGACGCACCUUGGGGAAAAGCCCUACAAGUGCCCUGAGUGUGGCAAAGGGUUCCGUGACAGUUCAGGUUUGGCCAGACACCAGGGCAUCCAUACAGGUGCCAGUCCCUAUAAAUGUGGUACAUGUAGCAAGAGUUUUAAUGACAGCUCAGCUUUCAUUCGUCAUCAGCGCAUCCAUACUGGUGAAAAGCCUUAUGUGUGUGUGGAGUGUGGCAAGAGUUUCAGCGAUAGUUCCAACUUCCGUACUCACCAGAAAUCUCAUUGGGAAGAAAAGCCCUUCAAGUGCACAGCUUGUGCAAAGAGCUAUGUGCGCAGGUCAGACCUUGUCAUACACCAGAGGACACACACUGGUGAGAAGCCUUACCAGUGCAGUGAUUGUGGCAAGAGCUUCAACCAGAGGUCUGGCCUCAUUAUCCACCAAACAACUCACACAGGGCAGAAACCCUUCAGUUGUAGCAAGUGUGGGAAGAGUUUUGGACACCAUUCAUAUCUCUUGAAGCAUCAGAGGACUCAUUUUAGAGAGUUCCCAGAGAAACCCCUAGAAUAGACAUGCCCCUUAUUCUUGCCAAUUGACCCUCUUAUAGAACAUCAGUGGAACUUAUUACUUGAACUGUUUGUCCAGUAGACAUAGGUUAAGAUAAGCCAUUCAUGCACAUAGCCUGGCACAUCUUGAGGUUAACAGCAUCCAUUUAGGAGAGGGCUAGAUGGAAGGUGUGUGAACCAUUUGAGUAUUGAACUCAUGAUCUCAGCCUUAAUAGCACCAGGAGAGCAGAUCAGUCCUUACAUUCUUAUCUUACUGCCCUCACAGCUAUUACCAAUAUGGGUUUUCUGUUCCAUCAAGUAAAUGAGAAACUCAUAAUUCAAAGAAAAGGGGAUGGGCCCAAGCACAUGAUGAGUUUAGCUGGAGGAGCCAAGACCAGUUUCCUGUCUGGCUUAGGAGAUGCUUUUUAACAUUACCCUUCCUUGUAUCAGAAUCCUAAUCCUAUUUCUAAAAGUGCAAUUUGAAAAGCAUGGCCUGGGAUAUAUGGAGGGUUCUUGCCCACUAUGAAUUUUUUCCUGCUUUCUAGAAAAAGUUCCCUGAAAUGUUUUAAUUAUUUUGGAGAAAAGUCAGAAAACCAUAAAAGCAGUUAAUUUUUUUUUAAUACAAGUGCAUGUGGAGACCCAUCCCACAUUUCUAUGGUGCCCUUAUCCCAAAUCAGUUGUUAGGAUUGGCCUAAGCCCCUGGUUUCAUGUGUGAAACACCCUCCUCAAAACACCCAUGUUUCUAGUUACGUGUUUUGUGAAUCAAAUAUGGUCCACCUCCCUCCUUUCAUAGGUAAGGAAAUAGAAGUUGAUUUGCUCAUUGUCAUUUAGAUCUCAUUUGCAGACCAGGGAAUGUGAACCCAAAUCUCAAUUUUCUGUCCACUGUUUCUUCAGCCACAUUAUGCUACGAUAUUCAUAAUGCCUUGACAGUUUUACUGUUAAAGCACCUCAUGUGUGUCCAUCAAUUGGGAACUGACUGAAUAAAUUAUAGUAUGUGAAUACUAUAAUUACUUUAAGAAAUAAUGGUUUGAGGGAAACCUGGGAAGACUGCUGAAUUGAUAGAGUGAAAUAAGCCAAAUCAAGAGAACAAUUUAUGUAAUAACAUUAUAAAGACAACUUUGAAAAAACAUUGACUAAUCAAUGCACUGACCAACUACAAUUCUGGAAAAAUGGUGAUAAAGGUUACUAUCCCAGGAAGUAACGAUGGACUCAAAAUGCAGAAUGAGACAUUUUGGACAUGGACAAUGAGGGAACUUGUUUGGUUGAUUAUACAUAAUCCCCCACCCACCUAAAGGAAGGGAACAGGUGAUGGAACUGAAUGUUGUAAUUUUUCAAGAGUAAAAUAAGUCAUAAGAGGUAGUUUUGUGAACUCUUAAAUUUCCUAACAACUUUUCCUUCCCAUCAUCCUUCUUUUGGGACCCUACAGGUGUGGUUCUCAAGUUUUUCCAUAAUGAUAAGACCCUUCUAGCAAAGCCCUCUAAAAUUAUUUUUAGUGCCUUUUAUAUUAAAUCAUAUAAGGCUAAUUGAAAACUUUCAGAUGUUUCAAGUUUCUUUAUAGCAUACAAUCUGAUCACAGAAUCAUGUUCCACCAGUAGAUGCAGUGGUAUACCACAAGUCUAGCCUUCUUCAGAAUUAAAAGGAAAAUCAACUUUUACUCUUGUUCCCUUUCCCUCUCAACUAUGCUGGAACUCUCUCUUAGUGAAAAGGGAAUUUCCCAUCCUGCUGUCCUGGCAACUUGAACAGCUACAUAUAUAGAGCACUGAAUGUACUUGGUUGAAUGACCCUUGAUAGAUAUUAUCUAGCAGCCUUUCUCAUAAGUAUAUACAGAAUAUACAGAGUAUAAUUUAACAGGAAUCAGAGAUAUCCUGAGUAAUUUGCUGCAGAUGGUACUUCUCAUAGCUAUAGUCUUGAAAUGGUGGCCCGAAGACAAUGAGUAACUUCCUGCACAAAUGAUGUGGACUUGUGUUAAAGAAAGUAUGUUUGGGAGUUCUAGAAGUUUCCCUGGAUUCUUUACCUCCCAGGAAAGAUGGUCUUUUUAUAAGCCUUUUAAUGUUACUUUUUAAGCACUUGUCCAUUAAGCCUUCUACAUAUUGAACAUUUCUUUUGUGAUGAAGCAAGCAGCUAUAUACCUCUUUUCUAGAUAUGUACAGGUACUAUACUUCAUACUUAAGCUUUAAAAGAUUUUCCCUGGAGACCUAUUAUGGAGUAGAGAUAGGAAUUUAAGAAGUUUGAAUCCUAUUUUGGGGGAAUUAAGCACCCACCCAGAUCCUCUUGAGCUAAACUUGAACCCUGAGGUAAGGAUGUGUUUAUUACUUCUUCCACUAAUACAGACUAGCACCUUCUCUUGCAACUUCCAAGAAUUACUUGGGUUGACAGGUGGCUAAGAGUUGGAACCACACACAGUGCAUGCAGACUAAAAUUCUUACAUCAAGAGAGUUGGCAAGUAAGGGAGACCCCUUCUAAGUAUUAAUGGGGGGGGGGGGGAGGAGGAGGGAAUCAAACAAGAUAAACAGGCAUGGAGAGAUUGUGAUCAGCAUUAGAGGGAAUAUCCAUGAUCAAUUCACAGAUUCACUGAAGUAAUCAAGUAUUUGUCAUGUAUGUCUUAACUCAAUAAAGUAUGACAUGAAGUUUCUGAGUGUUCUUUUAAA